CCCGAUUGCAUACCUGACAUGAAAUAGAAAAACAUUGCAUUAUAAAAAACCAAUAUCCGGUCGAAGGCGGCUGAGGAUGAAUAAUAGAUCCCUCCAUUUGAAAAAAAACGUCAAAACGCGCAUCACAAAAUCGCUUCAGCGGUUGCAAAACACCGGAACGAAACUAAGCUAGCUGAAAAAGGUUUCUAAAGAGAUGGAAUCAAUUACAUACUUUCCAAUAAAAUGUUUAUCAUUUUCGAGAAAGAGGCUGAAAGUUCUCGAAACGCAUACGUUUACCAACCCGAUGGAGUUAACCGGCAUGGACUCCACACCGAUAUGUUCAGGAAAGUGGCUAUGGUCUGAACCCCAUCAAAAGGACAUCUGAGAGCGCUACAGAUUUAGUAUUCUACAAUCGUUUAUCCAAACAAACAUUGACACAGAAAAUCAUCGAAAUCGAAGGAUUAUAUCAUUUAGCUCAUUCCAACCGAUUUUUCAGAUGUAGCCAUUAAUAUACAACGCCAAAAUGAAAUACCAUAAAUUUAUAUGAUCAUGAAAGAUAUUUUUUUUUUUACAAAAUUUAAGCCCAACAUACAUAUCUCUCUUUUUUUGAGAAAAAUAUCCUUUUUCACCUUCUCCCUGACUUUAUCUGACAGCUACAACGCCGACAUCACACUGACACUUUUCGCAGACAUUGCGGCGACGCAAAUAUUGCACCAGCCAUUGUAUUGAUGACCAGCCAAAUAAAUAUUUACAAACUAUUAGCGUCGAGAAAUAAUUUUUGAUUAACAUUACAAAGAACUUAGCAACCUCUAAACGUAAGCAGACAAUCAAAUAUGGCCUCAACUGAAACAAAAGAAAAUAACAGUCUGCUUGUGUCCAUGGGUUUCUCCUGUGUACUGAGUUUGUCAAUAUUACUUAUGAUGAGCCUUUAUGCAAAUUGGAUUGCCAACACGGAAUUGCCCUCGAUUGUGAUUGGGCUGAUUGGUACACUGCUCCUACUGAUUUCCGUAGCACUUGUUUCCAGAUCUGUUAUUUUAGUAUUUGGCAAUGAAUUCCAUGCUAAAUUCAUACCAGAUAUAUUGGCGUGUGUGGCACUUGCGGCGGCUGCAUUCGGUGUUGUACAUCAAAUUUGCACCAUGACAUGGAUUCUUUUUGGUCUCGUGGCAGUGUAUGGUGCCAAUCGCAUCUGCCUUAAGUUCAUUGAUCGUGCAACCUCAACAGAAAAGCUAACGCCAAGUAAAUCAGAGAAAAAGAAGAAGAAGCUAAAACGUCAAUUCAUAUAAGUAUGCAUUUCCAGCUAAUUAUUUAAAUUUAAAAAAAAAAAAAAGAAAAAUUAAUUACAAGUACUAGUUAUGCCUUAAAUGAACUUUCAUAAUUCAGCUUUAGCUUUUCUAAAAAAAAAAAUUAGUAACCAAAAUUUGAGAAAAUGAUAUGUAUAUUAAAAAUAUGUUAAAAAAGAUACCUUAAAGCGAAAUUUAAAUUAACAAAUUACAAAGUUGACAAAUAUAAAAUAUAACGGUUUGUUUAUAAAGAUCUACAGUGAAAAAAGUAAUACACCUUCCUCACAAGUGUCUAUUAUAGUAAUUAAGAAGUCCAUUAAAAAUUUUAAGAAAAUAUUUACAAAUAUGAACAUAAAAUACCUAAACGCUUUUCGCACGCGAAUUCAAUAAUACAAAAUGGAAGCCUUUCACGAACAAAGCGUAAUUUAAUUCUGAACCUAAAGGUGUCGUCAAACGUAGCAAUUUUCACGCAAAUUUUAUUUCCUUUACGCAUGUUGCUGUCAGAAAAUUUUCAAAUUCCACAUGUGAACAGCCUGAAGCUAGUUUGUGCAAUUUAAUUUUAUUUAUAAUUGCUGAAGUAAAAAUUUCAUUUAUCGGCAAUUUGAUAUCAGAAAUUAAAUUUUUAAUUGCCAGCAAUUUUCCCCCCUUAAAAUUGCUGUCAUCGGAAUUAAAUUAAUUAAUUAGCAAAGAUUUAAAAAAAAA